UUACGUGCUUGUCGCAAUUAUUUCGCCUGGAGAAGUUAAUUACUACCCGCCGAAGUGUCGUGGAUCGCGUCUUCUUCCGUUAUUCUUGCUGCAGAUAGCUAAAGCGCAUAUGGCGACAUCUUACGUCUCUCUGCGGAAAAAGUCAUAAUUGCUGAUUCCCGGUGACACAGACGCGUCAAAAUUUUUCUCAUCUUUUUCAUCACGCACGACUUUAAAAUACUCAUCGAAAUUUCUUCUGUAACAAUAUGAUCUUAUUAACAAAACCUGAAAUCAGAGUUCUAGACAAAAAUAAAUUACACAUAUCACGAAGACCGGGAUGCACCGCUUGGUUAAUCCUCAGCCUGUCGGCGUUAACUUUCAUCGUGAUAUUUAGCCGUCUGACGAGCAACCUGUAUUUUUUAAUUAUCAUGCUCCUGGGCGUAGUUAUGUUUGGGCUGGACAGUUUCGGAGAAUGGGAGGACUUGAUACUAUACAAGCAGGAAAACAAAGCAAUUGUCGAGAGAGCAACUUGGAGCGACAAAUUAUGCUCCGGGUGUUCCAAUGAAUUCACUUCGAUGAAACUCACUGAUAUUCGGCAUGUCGGGGUCUCCAGCGAGAUAGGCCUCUUUAUUCUCCAUAAAAACGGAAGAAUCAUUACUCUCAGCAUGAAAGGCCUGACGAGGGAGGAGAUACAAAGUCUCCGGAAGGAGAUCAAUCAUUUCUUGAACAUGAGUAGACUCAACUACCUCGAUCAUUCUUUAAUCGACCCUUCUAAUCGGCUGCUGCUCACUUCUGAUUCUGAGGAUACGAAACCGCAAAAGUUAUCAAGAACGUGUCCACCUACGUCCAAUGAUUUAACCGUUUCAGAUAAUGUUCUGAGCAGCGGCAAGACGUGUUGUUACCGAAUACAACAAAAUCUGAGCUUCCCGACUUUGUUACGCGGCAUACAACUGAACAAUUAUCAGUCGAUGAACCUGAGAAGAGGUCCUUACACGGAGAAUUCGAUGCGUCAUGAUUGCGUCGAGUAUACGAGAAAUACUUGUGCUGUUCCCUCAUUUUGUAACUUGUCGAGGCUUAACUAUGAACGUGAUUAAUUAAAUAUUGUAUGUAUUUGUGGUCUUCUCAUUAAU